UGGUGGUGAUGGUGGUGGUGGUGAUGGUGGUGAUGGUGGUGGUGAUGGUGGUGGUGAUGGUGGUGAUGAUGGUGGGUUGUUGGAGCGCGCUGCAAGGUUCUUGAGCUGCUUCCGGUCUCUCAUGGACCUCGUCAGAGUGGAGGAGGCCGUGACGAGGUGGGGGCAGGGGGGAGGGGGGAGGAGGAGAGGGGGGAGAGACAUCCACGCCCUGAGGACCAUGCUGGAAGUGAUUCAUUCUUCGACCCAGCCGAGUGUGGAUCCCUACAGACAAGAUGACUCUGCUCAGCCCGAGCUGAUGGCCAGGCUGAGGGGAGGGGCCGGGGGGGUGCGGCCCGCCCAGCGCCACCCCCGGGCGGAGGCUCUCGAGGCUCUGGCUCAGCGCGCCGACCGGGGACGCUCGCUGCUGAGCGGACCUACAGGUUCGACCCCUGACACGGAGGCCGAGUGGAGAUUUCUGAUCAAAGUUGCCCGCGGCCUUAAAGGGACCCCGCCCACCCCCAGCGCGGUUUCGACGCCUCCCUCGAAUCCGGACGAUGGAGGCCUCAAAGGGACCCGGGAGCGGCACCCCCGGAGCCUCGGCGGAGUUGCGGCCGGGCCACAGCAACCGGGCGCUGGUGCUCUUAAAGGGGCUCCGCUCGUAGAGGGGACCCUUAAAGGGACCCCGGCGAUUGAGACCCCGGCUGUGAAGGGGGCCCUCAAAGGGACCCCGGUGAGCGGGGUUGCGGUGGCCCUCUCAUUCCGGGCCGGGCUGCUCCGUGCUGAGGCUCUGCUCGCCGAGGCUGGAGUCCCCCUGGUGGAGCUCCGCGAGGAGACCAGCGGAGACCGGGACUUCCUCCGCCGGUGGGAGGCGCUGAGGAUGGCCGAGCACCGGCAGCGAUUGCUGAUCCAGACAAUGUUGGAGCGAACGGACCGACUCCUGUGGACACAGCAGCUGUGAUACAAAGACAAAGCUCCCCGUGUAGGCUUAGCAGGCUGUAGGGGCAAGUGCUGUGAGUAGCAGCACCUGUGAAGGCUACCGGCACUGUGGCACACACAGAGGGGGUGGGUGGCUAUCAGCAC